AAGACAGCAACGGAAGCGAGCGCUCUUUCGGGCUGUUAAAGCGCCGGGGUCACGGGGUCAGCCCGCGGAAGAUGGCGGCGGCGGCGGGGACGCUGACCUUCGGUCGCUUUCUGGGCCGCAGCCUCGGGGCCGCCCGGGGCCUCUCUGCGGCCGUCAGGUGUUUUGGUGUGAAGACAUCGCCCUCGGGGGAGAAAAUUACCCACACGGGCCAGGUUUAUGAUGAAGAAGAUUACAGGAGGAUUCGCUUUGUUGGUCGCCAGAAAGAGGUAAAUGAAAACUUUGCAGUUGAUUUGAUAGCAGAGCAAUCAGUGGCUAAAGUGGAAAGUCGAGUGAUAUCAUGUGAUGGUGGAGGAGGAGCUCUGGGUCAUCCAAAAGUAUACAUAAACUUGGACAAAGAGACUAAAACUGGGACUUGUGGGUAUUGUGCUCAGUUUAAACAACACCACCACCACCACUGAAACCAGUUCUGUUCUUUGGGUCUUGUAUAAUUCUUUGCAUGUAAGGAUUUUAGUAUUUUUUAGAAAAUGCUUAUUUAAGAAUCAUAACAUAAGCUUUGUUUUAAAAAUAUUAUAUGAAUAAAAUAUAAUUAUUGAAUAUAAUUUAAGUUUAAGGUGACAUUUUUCCCCAUGGAAUACAGUUCUUGAGCUGCAUUAUUUUUUAUGGAUGUAUAGCAUUCAGUUAAUCUUUUAAUUCACUGGCUUGCUGUCUUUCAAGAAAAAUUAAACCUGUCAGCAAAUGUU